AUGGAGACCUCUUCACCUCUGGCCGCCAUGCACCGGCCCACGUCCCUCUUCGGACAGCGGGACAUCUUCUGCCCCAAGCCACAGAUCCAGCCCAGAGAAACGGGACUUUUCAACUUCCGGCCACAGUUCAGGUCUAACCCCGACUACUUCAAUAUCAAGCCCGUACACGGCUCCUCCCCUGCAGGAAGUCUGGCCGCAGACCUGUCUCAAAACUUUAGGAUAGAAGACGCUAGCCCUUCUUUCCCGACUCCUCGGCGUUCCUUGUUCACGGCAAAUGUGAUGGCUGCGGCGGAAGGGAGAGACUACGCGACCACCCCUCCUCUGCCACCUACCUCCUCUCCAGGCAUGCUGGACGAGAUCAUGGACAUGUCGCCGCUGCCGCACAAGGCUCCUUAUGUCGCACAGAUUGAGAUUCAGUCUCCAACUCCUCUCCAAUCGCCCGCCGACGACGAGAUGAUGCUGGAAUCUCCUCUGCCGCAACACUCGUCAUCCGAACUCCUGAAGCCGGCAGUUGUGGAGCGUAGAAAACCCGUUCUCAGACGGCCUUCCUUGACUCGUGCCAAGGGCUACUCUACCGGAGGUAUGAGCGCGCGUCUGCAGCCGGACAGCCAGCUGCCGUUCUUCAAGUUCGGUGGCGAGUCGCGCCUCGCGCCUCCCAGCAACCUCUCACUGGGCGAGUGCUUCGAGGAUUCUCCUCCGCAGGAGAGGCGACCACAGACAGCAAACAGCCCAAGCCUCAAUGCUCCCGGCGCAGUUCGGCCCCGUCCCAACUUUGCCAGCUUAAGCAGUGCCUCGGCUAGCCGCAAUGGCUCUCCCGUAUCGAAUCAUGCGAGGCGGCCGUCCAACCCCUUUGCACGGCCGCGUAAGCAGUACCGCCGCUCGUUGAGCAUGUUUGAGAACCCCGUCGACAUGAUCAAGCCCAAGAAGGACGAGUCCUCGCCCCCGAUCCUUGCUGCAGUCAUGGAUAUCGAGGAGCCCCGCGAGCCUGUCCUGCCUCAUUUCCUACCGGACGAUCCUACCGACAGCAUUCCCCGCAUCGACAGGUCGACUCUGCUGGAAGUGCUCGACGGCAAGUACAACGAACACUUUGAUAGCAAGCUAGUCAUCGACUGCCGUUUCGAGUACGAGUACGAGGGAGGGCACAUUGGCAGCGCUAUCAACUACAACGACAAAGACCUUCUCACUUCUCACCUCUUCCGAACGCCCAUGGAAGGACGGACUCUGCUAAUUUUCCACUGCGAGUACUCGGCUCACCGAGCACCCCUCAUGGCCCGUCACAUCCGUGCCCAGGAUCGUGCUGCCAACGCUGAAUGCUACCCGAGGCUGACCUAUCCCGACGUCUACAUCCUAGAGGGGGGAUACAGUGGGUUCUUCGCGGAGCACGCGUCCAGGUGCGAGCCCCAGGCUUAUGUCGAGAUGGAUGCAGCCGAACAUGCAUUCACCUGCGAGCGUGAGAUGGGCCGUCUCCGUCAGAACCGGAAGGGGCUCAGCCGUGCUGCCACAUUCGCCUGUGGACAGACCGACCGCUACAUGAACGACUCCCCGACCGCUCCCGGCCGGGGCCAGACGCGCGAGGAUAUCUCCAUGAUGGUUGGAGCUUCGCCCAUUCUUGGCAGUGAACGUUGCCAUGCUAGGCGGAUGGCUUCCUACUGA